UAUUGGCACAGUGUGACAGUUUACAUAUGGAAGCUAGUAUCUUUCGGAUAGCUUGCCCUGUACAAAUCCUCAUAUGCAACAACUGUCAGAUGCUCUACUUGACCUGGGUGACAGCCCAUCAGUCCCUGACUUAAUGACAUUUAUGCAGCGUGUGACUACAACAGAGGCUGCUGAGAAACGAAUGAAAGGCUGUGCUGAUUAGACACAGUCGAGGAGACAACCCUGUCAAAGACGAAAACACGCCAAGUGAAUUUCAGCAGGACUUUAGCCUGAUGAGGCUCCCAUCGAAGUCAGAAACUGCCUUUGGGAAACUUCUUUUGAGAUCCGGGAGCUGUUGAAGGAGGCCCCGAUGUAGGAAUGUGCUUUAUCUUCAAGUUGGGAAAACUGAACUAAAUUGCCAAAAGGAUCAUCAAUUUUCUCAGCCUUCGCAGGAAACAGAGACCAGCCACUGGAAGGCUGGGUUCCUUCUUCUAUUUCUGUAAGCUUGGGCUGCAGGUGACUUCCGAUCCUGACUUCCCCAAAUCUCUGCAAGCCGCUACCUCUUGACUCCGAGGUGAAUUCUUUUUUCAGUGAGAGACCACCUCCGGCUGCAGCCCCCAACUUGCUCCCCAUGCUGCUGAGGCUCUUGCUGUUGAUGUGUGCUCCACUCUGCGAACAAACCGGUGAGUUGUCCUUCCCUUUCUCCUUCAUGCUCCGUGGGUGUCUUGUCACUUGGGCCAGAGCAGGAGGCCUGUGCAUGGCCGUCUCACCUCUGCUGAAGCUGCUACGGUUCACACGUGACAGUGGCUCCCUGGGGCCGGGGCUGCCUGUGUUCACACCAGUUCCUGCACCCGAACCCCACCUGCUCAGCUGGGGCAGGUCUUGCUCUGACCUUCUCAAGACCAUAAUCUUUUUUCUGAGAAGUCCCAGCUCAGAGAGGGAGAUGCUGUUUGCACAAGGAAGUAGCAGGGUGCCAAAGGUUGAUACAAGAAGCAUCUCUGCCCUCUCAGCCUCAGGGGCUCCAAGGACCCCAGGUUUUUCCCCACUAGGUGCUCCACCAGGAGCGAUGGAGGAGAUGCUGAAGUCGCAGGUCCUCGGAGAGCACCAGUCCAGUCCCUCCUCAGGCCAUGUGCAAAACGAGGUGGCACUCCUACCUUAUUCCUAUGUUCCUGCCCGCUCUGAGGUCACAACCAGUACCCCCCUGCAGUCUCUCUCUCAGACUCUGGCUUAUGCAAACUUCAUCACUUGGAUCCUGAUUCAAAGUCCUACCUUUACCAGGUGACGAAAGGAGAAAAAUUUCCCCCAGGAGGAAUCUUUCCCUAAAGUGCAUUUAAAUCUUCUAUAUCUGAGAACUGCUUUUUUGUACAUUAAAUACUAAACCACUACUAAGGCGUUGUCCUGCCACCUCAAGAACCCAGGCUGCACGUCUAACUAGGGAACAGAGGAUCAUGAAUCCCCAUGACAAGAUAUUCAGUACCACUCUAGCCUUCUGGGUUCCUUUCCUGAUGCUUGUUCAGGUCUAACUCCUGCCUCAUGUUAAUACUGUGAUGCUUUGUACCCGGUCCUGCUUUGCCCCGUAAGCGCACGUGCCCAAUCCUAGCCUUUGCAGAAAUCCAGAACCACCUCCAGGAUGGAGAGACAAAGCUUCUGCCAGCAGUAAUUUACCAGGCUGUCUCUGUGCAUGAGAAUUACCCGAAACAAGCUCUGAGCUGCAAGACUGACCCCCAGACCCUUGCAAACUGCCUUGUCAGGCGCCCUACUGCACCCCCGCCCCACCCCAUUCAGAAGCAUGGGGUGCAGGUGACAGAUGCCUUUUUUAGUCCUUUCUCUGCUCAGCCCAAAAGCAAGCUGUGUUGCCCCUCAGUCCUCUGUGGAUGACAGCUGUCCAAGGACAGAAUGUGACUCAAUGUACAGGGACUUCCAUGGCCCAGCACGGACCAAACAUUCUGGUACCAUGGUUGAAAUAGACUUUUUUAAAGUUCCAGGGUAAAGCAUUCCAAUAAGAAGGUUUAGAGAUUACAGGUGUUGGACCGGGAACUACCUCUCAGUGAUCUAGAACACUUGGCAUUUUCAUCUGGUGAGAAGAGAAGGGUUUUCCCUAGGGAAAUUCUUAAAAUUUCCCCCCAAAGCAGAGGCCCUGAGGGCUAGAUAAACAAACACCUAAAGAGCCAGGGCCCUCAGGGGCUUUGAUGUUUCACGGGGCGGCUGGAGGAGAUAAGAAGAUGGAGUGAAAGCAGAACACACCUCUACCCAUCUCGAAUUCAUCCAUAAAAGAGCCCCUGUGGCCAAAAAGGGGGACAUCUCUUAGGCUUAACGUACGCAUUGAAUCUGCUCCUGACACUGACGGCUUCUGAGAAGUGUGGGGAGCUGGGCCGUGUGGCUGGGUGGGUGCAAAGCAUUUGCAGGCAAGUGCAUGCCUGCUCCUUCCCUUACGAAGGGCUGUAAUAGGGGCAGGAGAGAAGCAGUAAAGAAGGAAUUGAGUUCCUCGGAGUAUUUCCCAGACCGACUGAUCCUCCAGGUCUCAUAUUCUGUCUUUGAAAGAAAAGGCAUGAGUCUGAGAUACCAUGGGAAAGGCUACAGAAGAAAAUAACCCAUAUGGCUAAUCAGGAGGAAUGAAAUACAUUCACUGUCCCUAAACCUUCAAGCUUCACCAUCUCCAGUGCCAACCGGUGACAUUUGUCAGUACUCCGGCACUCUCUCCAUAAAAGGUAUUUUAUUUCAUGGACAGAAACUUCUGAGAGUAAGAACCAAGGUAAAGGUAAAGGUUGCUAUGGAAGCAGGAGGUGCUGCAUGGGGCAGGAGGUGCUGGUGGUGGGCAGUUGGCAAUGGAAAGCCUGUGGGCCCCUUGGAUGGGUGGUCUGUGUGCCCAGGGCCUGGUUAAUUGAGGCUUGAUUCAAAUGCCAAGAACACAAAGUAGCCUCUUCCUAGGAUCUCUGAACCCCAUUGCCCUGGAAUAUGUGUUUAAUCCUUCUCUCCAGAGCUGCUGCUGACAGCCAGACCCUCUCAGCCCAUAGAGGGGAACUCGAUGACCCUGACCUGUAAGACACAGCAACGUCUGCAGAAGCCGGAUGUCCAGCUUAAAUUCUGCUUCUUCAGAGACAGCCAGGCUCUGGGGCUGGGCUGGAACAGCUCCCCAGAGCUCGAGAUCGCCACCAUGUGGAGGGAAGACUCGGGGUCCUAUUGGUGUGAAGAAAAGGUAGUAGCCCUGAAAGACACACGGAGCUGGAGCCGGAGCCGGAGAGUCCCUAUUUCUGUGCAGAGAAUCCCCAUCUGGGACGUGAACUUGGAGACACAGCCUCCUGGGGGACAUGUCAUGGAGGGAGAGAAGCUGGUUCUCAUCUGCUUGGCUGCUCGGGGCACGGGAAACAUCACCUUCUUGUGGUACAAAGGGGCCCUGGGUUUAGCCCUGGAAAAAAAGACCCAGCGUUCACUGGCAGCAAAGUUUGAGAUCCCUACGGUGACGGAGAGGGAUGCUGAGAAAUAUUACUGUGCAGCCGACAACGGCUAUGGCCCCAGUCUCAGCGGGCUGGUGAGCGUCACUGUCAGAAUUCCAGUGUCCCGCCCCGUCCUCACCCUCUGGGCUCCCGGGGCCCAGGCUGCAGUGGGGGACGUGGUGGAGCUCCGCUGUGAGGCCCAGAGAGGCUCUCCCCCGAUCCUGUACCGCUUUUAUCAUAAGAAUGUCACCCUGGGGAGCAGCUCAGCCCCGUUUGGAGGAGGAGCGUCCUUCAACCUCUCUCUGACGGCAGAACAUUCUGGAAACUACUCCUGUGAGGCCAACAAUGGCUGGGAGGCCCAGCGCAGUGAGGUGGUGGCACUCAACAUCACAGUGCCUGCGGAGGACAGAAGAGAACUUCUUACUUCAGUCAUGGAGGGGCUGCUUGGUAUCCUUGGUCCCACCACAGGGGCCCUAUUAUUCUGCUGUUGGCUCAAGAGAAAAAUAGGAAGACGUGCAGCCAGGGACCCACUGAGGCACCCUCCCAGCCCUAUACCCCAGGAAUCCACCUACCUCAACUCAGCGGCCCCAGAGCAUCAGCAGCCUGUAUAUGGAAAUGUGAAUGUUGUGAGUGGCGAUGAGGUUUACUCCUUGGUGUACUGCAUGCAGCAGGAGCGGCCAACAGCAGCAGGCGAGCCCCCGAGGACACGGAUUGAUGAUAGGGACGCCUCAGACAUCUACUUUAGGCUGAAGCAGGAAAAUGUUGCAGAGGCGGACUAUGAAGACGCUAUGUAAAAGUCAUGGGAGCUUCUGCUGUCUGACAACCAGGCAUGACCCCGUGCAUCAGAACCAGCAGGUCCUUCAGAGACCCCGAGGGAGUCAGCUUGCCAGGACGCCUCCCCCGGGUGCUGUCCAACAUGAGAUUCUUCGCCAUCUGCUGUGAGGUGAAGUUGGCUGGGGCCCUGAAGAAUCCAGCCGGGACAAGUACCGUGAACCCGGGAGUGGGAAGGGCUUCGUCACCAGAACCCAUUCCUACUGGUUCCUUCAGGCGCAAGUCAGAUAGUGUUCUAACUUCUUUUUACAAGAGGAGACAGGAUGGGAUAGAAGAACGUGUAGGGUAGAACAGUGAAGCUUGCUUAGCACGCACAAACUCAAGGUUAGUGAUUUUGUGGGACUGCUGCAUACAGAGAGCUGUGUCCCAUCAUUUUGUCCAAAUGCUUUCCCUGCUCAGACAGUACAGAACUCCCACCCUGCCACUUACACUAAUCAU